CUGAGCCAUCUGCCCGUACACCCCGCCGUUGAACGAAGCCACGCUGUAGACCAUCACCAAUUCCUUCUGCUAUGGACUUCCAAUUCGACCCAUACGCUUCCUACUCCGACGCAUCAACUCCCCGCACCCCUUCUCCCAGAACGUCCGUUUCAUCUGACGACGUCCACUACCCUUCGCCAGGUUUCAAGCCCGCCGUCGACGUCGCCGUUGCGCCUUCCAUCUACGAGCCCAACGACGAGCACGGCAUCCCUCCAGAGCCGCACGCUAUCAAGGCUGCUGCUUACAUGCAUUCCCAGCACUACAACAACGCGUCUUACCCUCCGCCACCGGGGUCGCGGGGCUCCCUUCUGGAGGAGCUUUAUGAUAGUGACAUGCACGAACAGAACAUGCCAAACGACAUGUACUCUCAUCAGGAGCAAGCACACUACUCGCAUCACUCGCAUCAUCCUCAGUCGCGCCACCAGGGUACAUGGCCUUUGCCACAAUCCGCCCACGGCGACCACCACCUCCCGCCUAUGCGUCACGUCCACGAUAUCCCCAUGUCUCGCCGCGCGACUUUCCCCUACGUUCGUCACGAUGGUCGUGACCCGCUCCCAUACCCUCCGCCGCCGUUCAUGAGUGAGUCGUCGAGCCCAUAUGGCUCGCGUCCAGGAACGAUGUAUGGAGACCCGAUGCCCAUGGAAGCAAUGCAUCACCCGAUGGAAGAGCCCUUCGCGCACAGCGUUUCUCUCUCGGCAUCCCCUCACCAGCCCAUGUAUGACAUGAUCAAGACUGAGGACUCACCCGUCAUCGUGCCCUCGCAAACCGGCUACUGCAGACCACCCUCUGCAGGUAUGCACGGUCUGCCGUGUCUCUCUCCUCACGCCGGCCUCCUUGUGCAGCACACUGACGAUGCCGCGUCAAAAGAGACUCAGUACCUCCGUCGGAGGUGUUUCAACUGUCAUACGACCGAGCCGCCAAGCUGGCGGCGCUCGACGCUCAACCCCGGCAAGAUCGUCUGCAACAAGUGCGGUCUCUACGAGCGCACUCACUUGCGUCCUCGCCCUCUGCGUUUCGACGAGUUGCGAGCGGGAAGCAAGACGAGGAAACAGCCGAAGACAGCUGCCGGGGGAAGCCCGAAAGUGGGCAAGUUGACGCCCGUCGUGAAGAAGGAGUCGCGCGACAGUGCUGAGCCUCUGCAGCGCCGGUCAUCGGUGUCGUCGUCGAAUGGUUCGGCGCCGUCCGCUGGCGCGUCGAGUGACUGGGACGAUUCUGGCUCUGUCCCCAACUCGUCGUUCAACUCCCCAGCAGUCUCGACGUUCCCGAUACCCCGCGACUCCGCAUCGCAGUCGCCUCCGCGUGACGGCGGCAUUCGCUUGCCGAACGCUCCUCUCUCGGACAUCGCUUCGCUCACGAAUUCCCCGCAGCAGCGUCCUGCUAGUGCUUCGGGUGCGUUUUCAUCAAGUUGCACCAAUGCUGCGGCUGACGAGUAUUAAAUUGAUAAAGUCGAAUCGCAGCCACCGUCAAUGCCCGAGGUCACUGGUUGGCAAAGCGUUCCGUUCUCUGAUCUGGGUCCUUCCAAGUCGAAGUCCCGGAGCAACAGCUUGCGGAAGACGGUAGCGGCGGCUUGAUAUGGACGCUUCGACAGGUUCCGGCAUACCCCCUUGCAUUUUUUCUAUUUGCUUUUAGACACUUCAAGUUCCUGUCGCUGCUGCUGCUCGACCAUUGGCCCCUCUUGGACCCGCGUUCGCAUGGGGCUGUCCGCUCGUUUUUUGCGCCGCGCUAAUGUACAUGAUGCAUACUCUACCCCCUCGUCCCCGACUGCUCCCGACUCGCGGCGGUUGUGCCAGCAACGAUAUCGACCAUCUAUCUCACGCGUCUCCGGACAAGCCAUCGUCGACGAGCCAACGUAUUUAUUCGUAAAACGCUCUCGAUAUCGGUCUGCGAAGUGCGCCAUCGCGAGGAAACAUCACGCAAAAUAUAUCCCCCGACUUGUACUUCACUGUUCACGUUCAAUGUAUCCUCAGCAACGCAAACAUUUACCCCCACAUCGUCGUGAUUCCCUGUUCAUACUUCUUCGGUGCUGUUCAUAAUUAUUUGCCCACAAGGGUCUGGCUUUUGCUUUUUGUCUCAUCUGUUUAUUGCUUGGGCUUGUUGUUUAUAUGGCGACUCCACACCAUUGUCUUCGGACUCACGCUAUCUAUUGGGCCUGUUCCUGUCACAGUCUCUUGUUGCACAGUUUUUCGCGUUGACAGAAUCUUUCGUAGUUGCAUACCAGCCGAACUCUUUUGUAAUCGUAGUUUACUAUCUCGACGAGGAAUGAAAAGAGGAACC